AUGGCAGUUCAAGCCCCCGCCCCAGCUUCACACCAUCUUGACCCACUGCAUGCCGGGGAAGUUAAAGCGGCCUCGCAGCUGCUGGUGAAACACUUGGGCUGCAAGUCGAAUGAGAUUCGAUUCAAGGUAAUUGACCUUGCUGAGCCUCCCAAGGCCUUGACACUACCCUACCUUCACCAUGGUGGUCCCGCGCCUGACCGCAAGUGCCGAAUCUACUACCAUCACUUGAAAAGUCCGAUUCUCUCAAUCGCAAUCGUCAAUGUCACAAAAGGAACCCUGGAGCGGAGCUAUGAUGCACCUGACUCGCAAGCGCCUGUGGACUGGGUUGAAUAUGAUCUCGUCCACAAAGCCUGUAUGUCACACCCCAAGGUUCUUGCGGAAGUCGCGAAGCUGAAGUUACCACCCAACGCGAGGAUCGAAAAUGACCCCUGGAGCUUUGGCACUGAUAACCACCACGAGCGACGUCGUCUUUUCCAGUGCUAUAUGUACUUGGCUCUCAACGAUGACCCGCAGGCAAACCACUACUCCAUUGCUCUACCCCUCGCCCCAAUCUUCGACGCGAACACACUUGAGCUUGUUGAUCUACAACGUCUGCCUACCGGGGCGACCGACGAGCUCGACUCGGAAACACAGCCGUGGGAUCCGGUCAGUGCAGUGGAAUACAGCGCCGACUUGCUAGGACCCAAUGCGUUCCGAAAGGACUUGAAGCCCUUGCAAGUCCUGCAGCCCCAGGGACCUUCCUUCAGCGUCCAGGGACGUCACAUCGAGUGGCAGAAGUGGUCCUUCCAACUUGGUUGGAACAUGCGCAAAGGACCCGUGCUUCACGAUGUCCGAUAUGAGGGACGGUCCCUGUUCUAUCGAGUCUCAAUGAGCGAGAUGACCGUGCCGUAUGGUGAUCCUCGCUCGCCAUACCAUCGCAAGCAAGCAUUCGAUCUUUGUGAUUCUGGCUUUGGUUUGACUUCCAACUCUUUGAACUUGGGCUGUGACUGCCUUGGUCACAUUGCUUAUUUCAACGGAAUCCGAGUGACAAGCGGUGGUGAGCCUGUCAUCAUGCCUAAUGUGGUAUGUAUGCAUGAGGUCGACGAUGGUAUUGGAUGGAAGCAUACCAACUUCCGUAAUGGGCAGUCUUCUGUCGUGAGAGACCGCCAGCUUGUCAUUCAGUGCACUGCCACAGUUGCGAACUAUGAGUAUAUCCUGGCAUUCGUUCUGGAUCAGGCGGCCAAUUUGCAUAUUGAUGUUCGCGCGACGGGUAUUGUUUCCAAGAUGCCUAUCCGCAAAGGAGUCCAGGUUCCGUGGGGUACUGUUGUUGCUCCUGGCGUUCUCGCGGUGAACCAUCAACAUCUGUUCUGUCUGCGAGUUGAUCCGUCCCUAGACGGGCCAAAGAAUACAGUCGUGUACGAUGACUGCGUUCCAGUAGAGCAUGAGCCAAACUUGAAUCCAUCCGGAUGUGCCUUCAAGGUUGACACAACGGCCAUUGAAAAGCCUGGUGGAUACGACCUAGACCUGUCGAAGGGUCGGGUUUUCAAGAUUCUUAACGAAUCCAAGAUCAACCCCAUCGCUGGCAAGCCUGUUGGCUACGAGCUUCAUCCCGUGCCAAGUCAGAUGAUCAUGAUGGGGCCCGAAACAUUAAAUUACCAGCGUGGUGUAUUCGCCGCGAAGCCUGUAUGGGUCACCAAACACCGUGAUGAUGAGCUCUGGGCUUCGGGUGAGUUUACCAACCAGAGUCGGGAGGAUACUGGGCUUGCCAAGUGGGCUGUACGGGACGAGUCCGUCAAGAACGAAGAUGUCGUUCUCUGGCACAGCUUUGGCACAACUCAUGUGACGAGAACAGAAGAUUUCCCUGUUAUGCCCAAGGAGAGAAUGAUGGUCUCACUCAAGCCUGUCAACUUUUUCAAUCUGAACCCCUCUAACGAUGUACCCCGAUCAUCUCAGAACGACAACAAAUCCACGCUGCACCAAAAUGACUCGGUCUGUUGUUCUACCAAGCCCUCGAGGAUGUGA